GGGUACAGCUUGUCACCAGCUAAUGCAAAAUGAACUCUCGGCAAACUUCAACAAUUCUUAAAGAACGGACCCGAGUCGAGAAAUAAUGACUCACGUAUCAAAUCAUAUCAUCUCUUUACCUGUAUCCAGCUGUACAAUGUUACCACAGUUCUAAUCACACACACACACAUUUAUCUCAUAGCAAACCAAAAAUGCCUACACUGGAAGAAUCCAUGACCUCGGCACUCAAACGCCGAGCUCUGAAAUCCUCGCUCAGAAAUCUAUCAUUGCCAUCUACCAUACAAACUACAUCUGGUGUUACACCAAUCGACUUCUCAUCUAACGAUUUUCUCUCACUCUCAACAUCCACACUUCUACAUAAUGAAUAUCUCUCACUUCUCCAAUCUCAUUUAUCAUCUACAACAUGCGUGGAGUCCUCGUCAUCUUCGAAACCAACCCCGCCAACUUUAGGUAGUACAGGGUCUCGUCUCUUAACCGGCAAUUCUCCCCUCGCACUUGACCUCGAAUCCCAAAUUUCUACCUUUCAUCGCUCUCCAUAUCUCGGUUCUGGUGCUCUUCUUUUCAACUCAGGUUUUGAUGCCAAUUCUGCAUUUUUUGCUUGUGUUCCUCAAAAAGAAGAUGUCAUCGUCUACGAUGAACAAAUUCAUGCUAGUGUGCAUGAAGGAAUGAGAGGGUCACGUUCUAGCAAGUUCAUUGCCUUUGAACAUAACAACGUAUGCGAUUUGCGGAGGAUUCUGGAUAUUCUAAAUCUAGAAGGGGGGAAGAGAAAUGUAUUCGUGGCGGUGGAGAGUUUAUAUAGUAUGGAUGGAGAUCUAUGUCCGCUACGCUCUGUGGUCGACACUGUCGAGGAUAUUUUUGGGUUGGGGGGAAUUACUGAAAGAGGAAGAGGAUAUAUUGUGGUAGAUGAAGCACAUUCGACUGGUGUUUAUGGACCAAGCGGUCGAGGACUCGUUUCUGAACUAGGGCUGGAGAAAAAGAUAUUCGCGAGGCUACAUACUUUUGGAAAGGCACUUGCAGGAAAUGGUGCUAUUAUUCUAACUACCCCAUUAACACGUCAUUACCUCCUCAACUACGCACGACCCCUCAUUUACAGCACUUCUCUCUCCACGCCCUCUCUCCUUCUAAUCGCCUCAGCUUACUCUCUUCUUCUAUCCUCCUCCACAGGCCCCCUCCAAUCUCAUGUUCGUUCUCUCUCACAUCAUUUCACGUACUUACUUUCCCAACUUCCUCAUUCCCUCUACCUCAAACCACAACGCCAAAACCCCAAACCAUACACGGAGGAUCUAAAUUGGACACCCAUAUUUUCUCUUCAAACACCUGAACCCAGAGAUCUAGCCGCUUUUUGUCAAAAAUCGGGUUAUAACGUAAGGCCAAUAAUGAGUCCGACAGUCAAGAAGGGAAGCGAAAGGGUGAGAGUUUGUUUACAUGCUGGAAAUUCUUUCGAGGAAAUUGAGGGAUUGGUACAGUGUGUUAAAGAGUGGAUUGAGGUAAUGGAAAAGAGAGUGAAGAGCCAAGUGGAUGGGACUUUGGAGACUUUCCCUCCACCGAUCUCUACUUCGACGGUGGAUGUUCAAGGAAGCAACGGCGCCGAUUUAGGUGCAAGCUUUCAAGGGAAAACUCCAAUAGAGAAAGCAAAGCUAUAGGUCUACCGCGUGAAGAAGCCACAUCUUGGUCAAACUUAAAAUCUUCACACAACAACACAAAAUUACGAUAGAGCAAAGUAAGAAAAGCCAAGAAUGUAGCCAAGUAUCAUCUGGAGCCAGCUAUCAAACCAGGUAUCAUUUUCCGAAACAAAACUAGCAAAUAACACGAGCCUAGAGCGGAAAAUACCUUGAGAUCUAAAACAUUCCAAGAAACCUGCGAGCUUCUUCAACGGGGCGCUUAAUAAUGCGGACAAAUGGAUAAUUAAAGUUCCAGUAGUUGUCACUCGGGUCUACGGGCCAAUGUAGCAACCAAGAAUUUUAGCGUCGGACCUCACACGUACCUAUAUGAUUAUUGCUACUCAAAUCUCGCUUAGCAUUUUCUCACAGGUAAUCUCGUCUCUGAAAUCUUUACUUUUCCAGCGUCUAUUUAAAGAAGCAUCUAUCAAUCAACCACCGCAAUCCAACAGAUUCCCAACAAUCUAUCAGAGUCCAAAUAUCUCGGUGCUACUCCAAACGCCGAUGCGAUAUCCGGAAGAUCUUGACUACUUCUUACCUCGGCAAUGCCAAGGAUCA